AGUCCCGUGUGAAAAGUGUUGAGUAAAAUCAAUAUUUUCGCGUAUUUCCCACCCCGCGUGUCGACGAAGAAACCGUGUUCGGAAUGUCGUCCGGUGCGGCGGCAGGCCCGAGCGGCAGCAGCAGUAACAGCGGCUCAUCCGGCCCACCGACGCUGGGGCCCGGAGCGCUGGCCGCGGCCGAGGGCAGAAGCCAAACGACCAGCCUCGCCCGGGACGAUUCCAAGUGGUACUUCACGUCGGAACAGCUGGCCAACUCGCCCAGCCGACGGUGCGGGAUGGACGCGGACCAGGAGCUGAUGUACCGGCAGCGGGCGGCCAACCUCAUCCAGGACAUGGGCCAGCGGUUGCAAGUAUCCCAGCUCUGCAUCAACACCGCGAUCGUGUACAUGCACCGGUUCUACGCGUUCCAUUCCUUCACGCAGUUCCACCGGAACAGCAUCGCCGCGGCGGCACUUUUCCUAGCGGCCAAGGUCGAGGAGCAGCCGCGCAAGCUCGAGCACAUCAUCAAGGUGGUGCACAUCUGCCUGCAGCUCGAGGCGCCCGAUCCGCUCAAAGAGAGCUACGCCGAGCAGGCCCAGGAUCUGGUGUUCAACGAGAACGUGCUGCUGCAGACGCUCGGCUUCGACGUGGCCAUCGACCACCCGCACACGCACGUCGUCAAGACGUGCCACCUGGUCAAAGCUUCCAAGGAUUUGGCUCAGACUUCCUACUUUAUGGCGUCCAAUAGUUUACAUCUGACCACGAUGUGUCUACAAUACAAACCAACCGUAGUGGCUUGUUUCUGCAUACACUUAGCGUGUAAAUGGUCCCGUUGGGAGAUUCCACAAUCGAACGAGGGCCGCCACUGGUUUCACUAUGUGGACAAAACCGUCACGCUGGACCUGCUGAAGCAGCUGACGGAGGAGUUCCUGCACAUCUUUGACCGCUGCCCGACGCGGUUAAAGAGCAAGAUGAAAUCGAUCCGGGCGGACGCGUCUCAAUCGGAUGAUCAGGGCCGGAGAAGUGCUAGCAGCAGCUCGGCGGCCGGUCCGUCGUCGGCAUCAUCGUCGUCCAUUCCGCGGGGCAUCGACGACGCUGGUUCGUCGUCCUCGUCUAGUCAUCACCGGUCCUCGUCGGCGUCGCACUCGCAACAUUCGCACUCCAAGCAGAGCUCUUCUAGUGGUGACCUAUUGCUGAAAGCAUCACAAUCGGGCAACCACAAAAUUCCAUCGUCUUCGUCGUCAUCCUCCGGCAAUUCCCGCUCGCGCAGUGACCGACCAUCCGCGUCACAAUCCCAGCAACAGCAACAACAACUUCAUCAACAGCAGCAAAUGUUGGCCAAAAUGGGGCAACUGCCACCUCAGCAGCAACAACAGCAGCAGCCCCAACAACCGCCACAGCCCCAACAGCACCGAAUGCCACCGACGUCGUCUUCUUCGUCGUCCUCGUCGUCGUCACGUGGUGCUAGCGGUGGCUACGGUCAUGAAACUGGUAGCCGGGAUUCCAAGGGCCGCAUGAUGCCCGCGGGAACUGCCGGAGCGCCACCGCCGAUGCCCCAUCCGUACGGUCAGAACAAGAUGGAUCGCCAGAAGGGGGCGCCGGGCGCGAUGAAUCCGGGUAGCAAAUCGUCGUCGAGUUCCAUGAUGGCGUCGCUGUUUAGUAAUGCUCCGCCGCCGGUCAUGAAGCAACCUGGACAGCAACCGCCGUACGGGUCGCAUCCGCCGAGCUAUAGCCAGUCGAUGAGUGGCCGAACCGGAGGCAGCAGCAGCAGCAACAACAACAGUAGUGAAUCAAUGUCCGUCCCAAGCCAGCAACAGCAGCAGCAGUUCAAGGCUCAGCAGCUCGAUUCUUCAUCCUCGUUCCGCCUUAUAGACGAUAGCAACCGGAUAGCGGCGACGUCGGCGGCCUCCGACGCGAUGCAGCUGUCCACACCACCCAAGCAGUCGAAACUGUCGUCGAUAUUCAGCCCAGACUGGAAGGAAACGACGGGAGAGCCAGGCCAGCAGUUGCCCGGGAAGUCUCGGCCGGCGCCGCCGGGAAUGCCGGGCUUGAACAAGCCCAUCAAGGACAGUCCUAGCAGUAGGGAGAAGAAACCGACACUGCCGUCGUAUCCGGAUCAGCAGCAGCAGCAGAAGCAGCGUUCGGAUACGCCCAAGAAGGACCGUCGGGUGGAUCCGAUGGCGGUCGGUGGGGGGCAGAAGCAGAAAUCUUCCUCGUCGAGUUCCAGCUUGAAGCGUAGCUUGGAAUCGAUGUCGGCGCCGGCGCUGACCAUGCCCGGAGGAAGUAGCACCGUUGAUCCGACGGAUCUGCUGAGUCUGGGUGGAAAGCAUCCCAGUGCAUCGAUGACGGCUUCGGCGGUCAAGCGGUCACUCACCGGUAGUGAACAGGUUCGCCAGGAGGAUGGGACGGACUUUCGGGAGUCGAAGGUACGCAAAGUGGAACCGACGUCGCCAACGGAAGUGUUGUUUUCGUCCUCGUUUGAUCUUUCGAACACGUUCGACAAGGAGACUGGGGAUAGCUUCUCGAUGUUUUCGUUUGGUGAUCCGGGUUCGCUGCUUUCGCAGCCGUUGCUCAGCGAUUCGAAACCCAGCUUGGGAGCAGGCAUCAGCAGCAAUAGCAACAGCAAAAGUGGCUUCCCGAGCACAAUCAACGGCAUCGAGACGAAUCCGGCGCUGGUCAGCUCGUUGCUAAAGGAGAGUCUGCAGCAGGACAGCAAGUUCGGAAUACUCAGCAGUGUAACGUCGCACGAGUCUGGUGCUAGUGGGCCGAUGGUCUCGAUUCCGGACACGGUCAACAUUAAAACAGAGGCUCCGGAUAUGAACGCACCGGCGACGAUCAGCAGCCUGUUGGCGCCGACGACGGUUGCUUCGGCAGCGUCCCUCACCGCUACCAACUCCGACGUGCUGCAAACGCUUACCGGCGAUCCGUUGAUCGCAUCCGCCAAAGACCAGGAAGACCCGCACCGAAUCAAGACGGAAAAGAAAAAGAAGAAGGACAAACACAAGCACAAGGAAAAGGACAAGACGAAAGACAAGGACCGCGAGGAGCGCAAGAAGCACAAAAAGGACAAGGACCGGCAUCGGGACAAGUCCGACCAGGGCAGCGACGCGUCACUGCUCAGUCCCCCGACGGCGACGGCCCCGCCCGGUCCCAUCAAGAUCAAACUGCCCAAGGACAAGCUGAAUCUCCCGUCGCUCGGCGAACCCGAACCCGGCCUCAAGAUUAAAAUCCCCAAAGAUCGGCUGUCCGGGUCGGGGUCGUCCCUCGCCGGCAACGCUCCACCACCGUCGUCCGCCCCGCCCAACCCGUUGAAGCUGAAAAUCUCCAAGGACAAAAUCGAGCACUACAACGUCAGCUCGGACGGUGGCCCGGUUGCCGGUGGUGGUGGCUACAACAAUGGUUCCGGCCACGGCCACGGUGCGGCAACGACGGCGACUACGGCUGGCCCGAGUGGUUCCAGUGGUUCGCACGGCCACGGUCACAGCAGCAAGAAAAAGGACCGCGACAAGGAGCGGGACAAGAGCAAGUCCAGCAAGACUUCGUCGUCGUCCUCGUCCGGCGAUUACAGCAAGCAAAACGGCGGCGGCGGUGGCGGAUCGUCCGCUGCCGGUGGCUCGUCGAACAAAUCUUCCUCCAGCAAGCAAAGUGUUCCUUCUUCUUCGCAGCAGCAGCAUCCGCUGGCGGUGGCAGGCUCGCAGGUUAGCCACCAUCCGGCGAGCUUCGAUUACAUGCAGCAUGCCCAGGCACCGUCCCUUCUCCAGCAGCAGCAAUACUUUAACCAGUUUGGAGGUGCGUUCAACGUCCAACAGCAGCAGCAGACCCAGCAACAACAGCAAAUGCAACAGCUGUUGAUGAACAAUAGUGCCAUAAAGAUGCCUGGCACCACAGCGAUUCCCCAGUCGCUUUACUACGGCGCUAGUAAUACGGGCGGAGGCGGCAAUACUGGCAAAAAAUAGUUUCGACCCGGUUCGAGUUGAGUUGAGUUUCGUUUGCGCUUUAUGCGAUGAAGUGUUUCUUUUUGCAGUAAUUUGUUUGAACUAAGCCGUUGAUACUAAUGCUAUGAGAUAUCUCACCCUCUGGAAGCUGUUAUUCAAUUACGUUGUAAAUAAUCAUGAAUAGAACAUAAUAGAAAACCCCCACAAAGAUAACAAAAAAAAAACAAAAACGCCGUAGCCUCCAAAAGCAAUAUUCAUAAUUUAAUUGAAAUUUUGCUCACAGUUGGGCAGCAAAAGCCUGUUCCGGUUAAGAGUUUUAGAAUUUUCUGUUAAUUAAAAACUAACAAAGAUUGAAAAGCCCAACUCUCGUAUCUUGAGAAUGUAAUACAAACAAAAAAAACCAAAAGGAUUUUUUUUCUAAAAUAGGAAAAAAAUAAAUAAAAUAAUCAAGUGCUUUACACAGAUACGGAGCACUGCAAAACUAUAAAAUUACGUUAGCAAAAUAUUAUUUAAUUGUUUAAAGACUAGCUCCUACAAACCGAGCGAAGCCAAGCUCUGUAAAACUGGUGGCUUGGUUUCCCCCCAACAAUUAAGCAUCUUUGUGUAUUGUGGAUUGCGUCAGAUUGAACCCAAUAUAUAAAACAAAUAAAAGAAAAAAAAGAACUCACACUGCACACAUGAUAGUUAAUCAAUACAGAAAUAAAAACAAAAGUUAAUUCCUAUUACUGACGAAAAAAAAAAUCUAGAAUGAAAAGAAAAGUCUGAGCCUGAGAAGUGAAAUAAAAAAAACUCUAGGAAUAUAGCAAACAAACAGCACUUAACAAAUGAAAAAAUGAAAAAACACUAUUACUAAAACCGUGUCGCAACUGUUGCACAUACACACUAUGAUAUUGAGUACUGAUUAUAAAACAAGAACAACAAAAAGAAAACAAACCUAAAAAUUCAAUAACAAAAAAAAAACAAACAAAAAAACAGAUGUAGUUAGACAAAAUUGCAUUACCGUUUAUUGUAACAGGCAGCAGCAGGGCGUGCACCGUGGUCGAUUGCGUUAGUCAUUAAAAAGAAAAGGCUCAUUCGCUGAUAAAAAUGGUUAAAAA